AUGACGAGCCAGGAGAAGUGGGUUAACCUUAGCCCUGGAGAGUUCUCUCAGCUUCAGAAAUAUGCAGAAUAUUCCACCAAGAAAAUUAAGGAUGUCUUAGAAGAAUUCCAUGGCAGUGGUGUGUUAGCAAAAUAUAAUCCUGAAGGGAAACAAGAUAUACUUAAUCAAACAAUUGAUUUAGAGGGGUUCAAGCUGUUUAUGAAGACUUUUCUGGAGGCAGAGUUACCAGAUGAUUUCAUUGAACACCUUUUUACAUCAUUUAGGAACAAAAUCUCUCACUGCAGCCCAUUAAUAAAAAACAAACCACAGCACCUUUCUGGAGGUCUGAGACUUAACAAGGGUACCUCUACAUCCAGACCUCCUACUCCUGCCAACUCACAUUUACCAGACAUGAUCCAGCUGAAGGAUAUUGUUUGCUAUUUGUCACUGCUAGAAAGAGGAAGACCUGAAGACAAGCUAGAAUUUAUGUUUCGCUUGUAUGAUACAGAUGGGAAUGGAUACCUGGAUAGUUCGGAGCUGGAAAAUAUCAUUGCUCAAAUGAUGCAUGUUGCAGAAUAUCUUGAAUGGGAUAUUACUGAAUUAAGUCCAAUUCUUCAUGAAAUGAUGGAAGAAAUUGACUAUGAUCAUGAUGGCACUGUUUCCCUAGAAGAGUGGAUCCAAGGAGGAAUGACAACAAUCCCACUCUUGGUCCUUCUUGGGUUAGAAAAUAAUGUGAAAGAUGAUGGGCAGCAUGUAUGGAGAUUGAAACACUUCAACAAGCCUGCCUACUGUAAUCUUUGUUUGAACAUGCUGAUUGGAGUAGGCAAGCAAGGUCUCUGCUGUUCUUUUUGCAAGUAUACAGUCCAUGAACGCUGUGUCUCCAGAGCUCCUGCAUCUUGCAUCAAAACAUAUGUGAAGUCUAAAAAGAAUACUGAUGUAAUGCACCAUUUUUGGGUAGAAGGAAACUGUCCAACAAAAUGUGAUAAGUGUCACAAAACUAUUAAGUGUUACCAAGGUUUGACUGGACUUCACUGUGUUUGGUGUCAGAUUACAUUGCAUAACAAGUGUGCUUCACAUCUGAAACCUGAAUGUGACUGUGGACCUUUGAAGGACCAUAUUUUACCACCCACAUCAAUCUGCCCAGUAGUAUUGCAAACGCUUCCCACUUUAGGAGGUUUGCUCCCUGAGGAAAGACAAGCAACAGUGAAAAAAGAAAAGAGCUGCCCCCAGCAAAUGAACAAACUAGGAGAACGGAACAAAAUGCAAAGAGCAAAUUCUGUCACUGUAGAUGGACAAGGCCUUCAGAUCACUCCUGUUCCAGGCACUCAUCCACUUUUAGUUUUUGUCAAUCCUAAAAGUGGUGGGAAACAAGGAGAAAGAAUUUAUAGAAAAUUUCAGUACCUUUUAAAUCCUCGUCAAGUUUAUAGUCUUUCUGGAAAUGGACCAAUGCCAGGGUUAAAUUUUUUCCGAGAUGUUGCUGAGUUCAGAGUACUAGCAUGUGGUGGAGAUGGAACAGUAGGCUGGAUUUUGGAUUGCAUAGAGAAAGCGAACUUGAUUAAGCAUCCUCCUGUUGCUAUCCUGCCUCUUGGGACUGGCAAUGAUUUAGCAAGGUGUCUGAGAUGGGGAGGAGGGUAUGAAGGUGAGAAUUUGAUGAAGAUCUUAAAAGACAUUGAGAAUAGCUCAGAGAUUUUACUGGACAGGUGGAAAUUCGAAGUAAUACCCAAUGAUAAAGAUGAGAAAGGAGAUCCAGUGCCUUACAACAUCAUCAAUAACUACUUUUCUAUUGGCGUGGAUGCUUCAAUUGCCCACAGAUUCCAUAUCAUGAGAGAAAAACAUCCAGAGAAGUUCAACAGUAGAAUGAAGAACAAAUUUUGGUAUUUUGAAUUUGGCACUUCGGAAACUUUCUCAGCCACCUGUAAGAAGCUGCAUGAAUCUGUAGAAAUAGAAUGUGAUGGAAUUCAGCUGGACUUAAUCAAUAUCUCUCUGGAAGGAAUUGCCAUUCUAAACAUCCCAAGCAUGCAUGGUGGUUCGAAUCUUUGGGGAGAGACAAAGAAAAGACGUAGCCACCGUCGGACAGAAAAGAAGAGGUCAGAUAAGAGAACCACUGUUACAGAUGCUAAAGAAUUGAAGUUUGUAUGCCAAGAUCUAAGUGACCAGCUUAUGGAAGUGGUUGGUCUGGAAGGAGCCAUGGAGAUGGGGCAGAUAUACACAGGCCUGAAAAGUGCUGGAAGACGGCUUGCCCAGUGCUCAUCUGUUGUCAUCAGGACCAGCAAGUCUCUGCCUAUGCAGAUAGAUGGAGAACCUUGGAUGCAAACUCCUUGCACGAUAAAAAUUACUCACAAGAACCAAGCCCCCAUGUUGAUGGGACCACCUCCAAAAACUGGCCUUUUCUCUUCUAUCAUCAAAAGAACAAGGAACCACAGCAAGGAAUAA